UUUCAAGUUCGUGGGGACACGGAAUCUGUGGCCAUCGGAGGGUCAAGCUGAGUUAGCAUACUCCUGGAUAUAAAUUCAAUCAAUGAGAGGAACCUUUCAUUUCGCAUUGGAUACUAGCCACAAAACACCAUGUGGUCUCAUCUCCUCUUAUUGCUAAUCGUUGGCGUGGCCGUGGGUCGCAGUAGCGACAGUGACCAUGAACAUGCCUGGGAUGCAGACAAUGUGUAUAAAUAUUUCAUACAGAGUGAGACGAAGACGACCAUGAUCAACCCAAACCAAUGGACUUCUGGUAUUGAGUUGAAAGGCGUUCUCGACGUUCACGUGCAAACACCAAACAGGUUGCAAGCGACAAUUCCCAAGCUGCAAUAUGUUCACGUGGACGAGCAAUUGUCACAAGAUUUUGAGCCCUCUCAGCGACGGGUUGAGGAAUAUCGCGAUGUUCCGAUAUCCAAAAAACCAUUCGAGAUUAUGCUCAAGCACGGAGUGAUCCGAGAAAUGAAGGUUGAAAAGGAUGUACCUGUUUGGGAAGUAAACUUGCUGAAGAGUAUAGUGGGCCAACUGCAAGUUGACACGCAGGGCGAAAAUAGAAUAAAGAGCAAGAGCGAUCAAAUACCUGACAACGAGCAACAACCAUUCGCUUCGUAUAGAGUCAUAGAAGACUCGGUUAGUGGCAAUUGCGAGGUUCAUUACUUUAUCACACCGCUGUCCCGAGAGCUUCUUGACAGCAGGCCAGAGAUAGUACCUUUGCCGCAUCUCGACGAGAACUUUAUCGAAAUUAGAAAAACAAAGGAUUACAAAAAAUGCAAGCAGCAACAAGGCUAUCAUUACAGUCAACCUGAGUGGCCAAUUACUUGGCGUAAUACGCUUAAGACGUCUAGUUUGCUGAAUGAGAAACCUAUUUCGCACGUAUCUACAAAUCACAUGGUCCUCUCAGGCGAUCUGAAACGUUUUACUGUCCAAUCAUCUGUGACGACGAGCAACAUAUUUGUCAAACUUGGCGAAAAAGAUUCUGUCAUAGGCUCUGUUGACAGCAAAGUAAAUUUAACUUUAGUCGAAAAGAACAAAAAGGACAGCAAACUGGAAUUAUCAACGGAUCAUCUCGUAUCAACUGGAAAUCUAGUAUACAUGUACAACAAUCCGUUCUCUAAAUCCACAGAAGUCCGACCACGUUAUCCGAGUGUCAGUCGAAAUUCUCAAUCGUCCGAAAGUUCUAGCGAAGAGGCUCGUCAGUCAGUAAAAUCAGUCUUGCUAAAUGAUCAACGAGACAGCAGCAGCAGCAGCAGCAGUUUCUCCAGUAGCGAAGAGGAUGAUUUUCGUGACGCAACUUUCUUGCAAUCUACACCGCGCUUAAACGAGGCUCCCCACAAUCCAUUGUUACCUUUCUUCAUCGGCAUAAAGGGCAAGAACAUUCAGACGUCUAAAGAAAUUGACGCGGUCCAACAAGCUGCAAAUCUGGUCGUUCAAAUAACCGUGGGAAUACAAGAUCCCAAUGUCCAAAAACCUGGUUACACGUUAGAGAGGUUUACGAUCUUGCAAGAUCUUCUUCGUACAAUGAAUACUGAUCAGCUCACCGAAGUCGAAAAUGUCGCAUUCAAACUAUCCAAGUUAAAGAAUAUCACUAAAAAAGUCAAGAAUGUCCUUCGCAAAACUAUAACGCAGAUCGGAACAGGACCUGCUCUUGAGAUCAUCAAACAAUUGAUUAAAAAUAGAUCAGUCAGGGGUUUAGAAGCAGCAUUGACCGUUUCGAGAAUUCCCAAAACCGUUCGCACACCUACGGAGGAAUAUAUCAGAGAGUUUCACAAAUUGAUUUCCACACCAGAAGUGACGAACGAAGAUUUCCUGAACGUAUCUGCGCCUUUAGCACUCGCCGAAUUGAUUCAUAACGUACAACAUGACAAAAAACACUAUCCAGUACAAAGUUUUGGCCGUAUGAUUCCUCCGAGUAAUGUACUAGAGGAAUUUAUUUCAUAUUUCGCCGAACAAUUAAAAGAAGCCAUCCAUGAAAAUAAUAGUCCGCGUGUGCAGACGUACAUAUUGGCAUUGUGUUCUACCGGUCAUCCGAAGGUUAUUUCAGUUCUCGAGCCAUAUCUCGAAGGGACGCAAGGACUAACCAAAUUUCAACGUUUGAUGAUGGUUAACUCGUUAUCUCCAUUAGCCACAGACCAUCCGAAACUUGUUAGGCCCAUCGUCUUCAAACUCUAUUCUGAUUUAUAUGAGCCUGAUGAUAUACGUGUCGCCGCAUUCUACAAUCUUAUUAAGACCAAUCCAUCUCUACCUAUUAUGAUGCACAUAGCACGCCAAACUCAUCAUGAUAAAAGCAAACAAGUAAAUUCUGCCGUUACGACCACCAUACAUAGUCUCGCUAAGUUGAAGCAGUGGAAUGUACAAGAUAUUGCUAUCAAAGCUCGCAUGGUCAGAAAAUUAUUGAAUAUUAAGUACUUUGUUUUGCCGAGAGUGGGCCAUAAGAACUCUGUAGGCUAUUACGCAGACACGAUUCAUAACAAUCUUAUUCAAAAAUAUUCUCUUGAAACAAUCGCUGGCAACAGCUACUUACCCAAGUUUGCACAUAUGAAAGUAGAUGUGAAAAAUGGUAACUUAGGUAGUACCUCCUGGAAUGUAGAAUAUGCACUGUCAUCCAUUAAACAGCUUCUCCAGUAUUAUUCUCAAAAUUUAUUGGGGAACAAACGAGAAGAUCAGAGAAGAACACUCGUCGAAAAGAUUGCGCAUACGCUGAACAUAAAGUCCGAUGAUGUAGAACAAUUUGAAGGAUAUCUUUUGACUGCCACUCCAUACGAAACGCUAUUGUACCCCUUCGAUGAGAACGUUCUUCGAAAUAUUAUUACACAUUGGAAUAAUCAAGAACAUCAAUCAAACACGAGUUUUCUAUUUAAUCGCGAUAAAAUAAUCAGCUUCCCAACGGAAAGUGGUCUGCCUUUUACCUAUACAUCAAACAAACCAAUUUUGGGUCAAAUUGAAACAAGAAAUACAGAUGCAGAAAUUAAAAAGCAAUUUGAAACCGUAAAAAGUGUAUUCAAUAUAUUAUUUGCCACUAGAUCUCAGAAGAGAUUCGGUUUCAUAACACCUUUCGAGCAUCAUCAAUAUCUCGCUGGUGUGGAUAGAGAUUUUAGUGUACAGCUACCAUUAGAAUUUAGGGGUAAACAGCAACACACUGAAGACCAGACCAGCUUUGAGAUGAAAUUGAUCCCGCAAUCAAAUCAGCAAACUCAGAAAUUGAUGCACAUAAGUACUGUUCCCUUCAUCUUGCGCCACGACAUACUAAAUCUUCAACCAUUAAUACGGGGAGAUAGAAAUAUAGAAAGAGUUAUGCUCGCUAACAAGUGGCAAGGAGUCUCGCAUCAAGGAGUCCCGCAGGAAGGAGUCUCGCAUCAAGGAGUCCCGCAGGAAGGAGUCUCGCAUCACAGCACUUCGUUUGGAGCGGGUAUAUUCCAUAUCGUAACUGAAAGCGAAAUAACGGAAAGAAAGAAUGACAAUUUGAUAAGGAUGUUAACAGUUCCAUAUGAAGAUGAAGAAAUCCAUUACAAGAAGCUCGACGUAUUAAUGGAUAGCAAUGCGGCUAACUUUGGAAUACGCUUGAAUGUUGCGCACGUUCAAAGCAACAGCGAUAAUACCGCAAAUCAACAACCUGAAUCAGAGACAUUGGAAACAUUCACGGUAACUGAGAGAAAACCAAAUAGCGAAAUGAGAAGAAAGCAAUUCCUGACGGAACUCAGCAAGAGCAUUCAACCUACUACCAAUCACAUAUGGGACAUAGAUGUCGAAUACCCGACAUUACAGAAACAGAACCGCUUAGUUCUCACCUUUGGUCUGGGACACAACAGGGUGGAUGAGAAAUAUCGUAUUCUUCUCUACUCCAAUGUCCAAUCGGCGAAGGAUGGAAAUGUCGAUUAUGAAGUUGCCGGUACUGGAACGAUGAGAUUUUGGCAAAAGACUCCUCUAGAUUUCACAAGAACAUUAAAUCAUAAACCAGAAAGCACUUUAGAAUUUCUUUUACAACAAGGAAGGAAUCUUGCAAACGAAAAAGACAAAAUGCAUGUUCAUGUAACUAUGAUGCAAAGUGACAAACUGAAAAAUAUGAUAAAAGAUAGUGCAACAGUCAAGAAAUGUGAAAAUGAGAUUAAACAAGGCAACAAAGGAUUGCUCGCAUGUCAGAAGGCCAUUCAACUUGCCCAAAUGCUAGAUCAAAUGAAGCUCUCAAUACGUGACGAAUCUGAGCAGCAACAAAAUAUUGUUGAUGAAAUUUUCCGUUUGCUUAGUAGCAUAUUCACCGGAGUAGUGAAGUCAACAAACCGAAAAAAGAAUGAUAAGGACACCAUCGAUUUGGAAGCAAGAACGUCACCAGAUCGUGACGAGGUGGAUGUCUCUGUAUCUGGCUCUGACAUGGAAUUUACGAUUUCCUUACUCGGUCUUUCUAAUACACAAUCGUUAUCGCAAUUGUCAUCGGAAAUUCCAAUAAAAUUAUCGGAAUUGUCAUCGCAAUCAAAAUUACCAGAAUGGCUACGAGAAUUUAUAUCACAAUGGCUAUCGCAAGAGAUAUCGCAAUCGUCAUUGGAAUCGCUACGGGAAUUAAUAUCGAGAUUGUCAACGUCAAUGAAAUCGGCAUGGCAAGUAGUAUUGGAAUUGCUAGAAGUAUUGUCAUCAGAAAUAUCAACAAAAUGGUCUUCGGAAUUGCCAUCACUAUCAUCGACAUUCUUAUCGCUUCAGAAGCAAAUCGAAUCUAUAUUACAAGAAGAGGAACGACAUGGCACAUGUGAUAUCGACAAAAACCAGAUUGUUACUUUCGACGGUAAACUUUAUCCUCUACAAGUAACGGAAGAUUGGCAAGUGGUCAUGAUCCCUAAUUUACAAAUUAAGCCCAAAAUAGAGAACACUUUCCCGGCGGUUCUUCCAAAACAUAUGAACGUGGCUAUUCUAAUGCGAGAAAAGGAUGGCAGCAAACAAGUCCGUUUCAUCUUUAAUGACAAGGAAGUUCAAUUGCAGAAAAUGAAUGAUGAUAUGCAAGUCUUAAUUGAUGGAUCGCAAGUCAAGCUAUAUAAAAAGCAAGACAAGCCAGACAAGGGAAUCUGUGAAGAUCAUGAUCAGAACGGUGAAGUUUAUGUCCAAAUCUACGAACUACCGGACAAAUCGCUUAAGCUACAAUCUGUCGAAUAUGGAAUCAAAGCGGUAUAUGACGGAGAACGUAUGCAAAUUCAGGUGGAGGACAAAUAUUUCAAUACCGUACACGGUCUUUGCGGCACUUAUGACUCUCAGUCCGAUGAUGAUUUCGCCAGCCCUCAGAACUGUAUCGCACAGAGACCCGAAGAUUUCAUUGCCAUGUAUACUUUGACAGAGGACGGCCAACAAGGAUACACUGCAAAGAACAAAAAUAGACAGUAUCAAUGUAAACAGGAAUUCUAUCCUCGUAGUGACGUAAGGAAGAAGAGUGGAUCUUCGGUAUCCGAUAAGAGUUGGGGCUACCAUGAUAAAGACAAAAAAUAUGGAACUGAUCAGGAUUUUCCGCAUAAAGCUUCAUUGAGUUAUCACACAAUAAUGGAGGAAGACGAUAAACAGACCUGUUUCACUGUCAGACCUGUACCAGCAUGCGAUCAGGGCCGGCCUACUGAAAUAAAGUCGAAGACAUAUGGAUUAUAUUGCGCACCGAACAACGAAGCUACAGAACAAUUGAAGAACAGAAUCAAGCAAGGAGCUAAUCCGGAUUUGUCCCAUAAACCUGUCUCCAUGAAGAAGGUUUACCAAGUUCCUUUGGCUUGCCAAGCUGCAUAAUUAUUGAGUAAAUGAUCGAGCAUACUUAAUCGAAUGAAACGACUCCUUUUUGUCUUCUCUAUUAUUUUUUAGGAAACUGCAAAUAUGUUUUUUUAGUAAUUAAAGAAAUGUGAGCAAUAAUAAAGUUGAAUUUUUUCAACGUAAUAAA